GCAGCAGUAUUCAACAUUAUAUAUGGCGUUUGGAGGUUCUGUGUUCUUUUCGUUGCUGCUAGCUUUGGCUGCGGCUGCUAGCUUCUCCUUUGGCACUGCCCGUGCUUACUAUAUCCCUUUUAACCGAAGCAGUUUUCCGAGUGAUUUCCUUUUUGGUGUUGGUUCAGCUGCUUAUCAGUCAGAAGGAGCAGCAUUAGUCGACGGAAGGGGACCUAGCAUCUGGGAUACUUUUGUUAGAAAGCAUCCAGAAAAGAUAUGGGAUCACAGCACCGGAGAUGUAGCAAAUGACUUUUACCAUCGUUAUAAGGAAGAUAUCAAAUUGAUGAAGAAAAUUGGGUUGGACACCUUCAGAUUCUCAAUCUCAUGGUCCAGAUUACUUCCAAAGGGAAAACUCAGCGGAGGAGUCAACCCACUCGGUGUCAAAUUUUACAACAAUCUCAUCAAUGAGCUCGUAUCAAACGGUAUCAAGCCCUUUGUGACUUUACUCCAUUAUGAUCCUCCCCAAGCACUUGAUGAACUGUAUGGCGGGCUCUUAAGCCGAAACAUAAUAAACGAUUACGGAGAUUAUGUGGACUUUUGUUUCAAGACUUUUGGUGAUCGAGUAAAGCACUGGGUCACGAUGAACGAACCUAACGGAUUUGCUAUUAAUGGCUACAACGGCGGUACCUUUGCGCCGGGGCGGUGUUCUAACUAUGAGGGUAACUGCACUUCCGGUAACUCAGCGACUGAACCCUACAUUGCGGCACACCAUUUGCUUCUUGCUCAUUCAGCUGCUGUCAAGAUAUACAAGGACAAAUAUCAAGCUACCCAAAAGGGACAGAUCGGGAUUACCAUAGUGACUCACUGGUGGAAACCUAAGUUCCCAGAACAGCUGGCUAGCCGAAGAGCCACUCUUAGAUCACUCGACUUUAUGUUUGGAUGGUUUGCCAAUCCUAUAUUUCAUGGGGAUUAUCCGGCGGUCAUGAAAUCUUUGGUCGGGGAUCGAUUGCCGAAAUUUACAGAAGCUGAGUCGAAGCAGAUAAAAGGCUCCCUCGAUUUUCUUGGGUUGAAUUACUACACAGCAUAUUACACAGUUGAUGAACCAGCUUUAUCCAACGCUGUCAACCAUAGUUGGAGUGCAGACAGACAAGUCGGUGCUUCUACUACUGAUAAAAAUGGGGCUCUUAUUGGUGCAGCGACUGAUCUGGAUUGGCUUUUCGUUUAUCCGAAAGGGAUCAGAGAGGUUCUUUUGUAUAUAAAGGAGAAGUACAAUAACCCAAACAUUUAUAUUACUGAGAAUGGAUAUGCAUACGGAUAUAAUGCCUCAACACCAAUUCAAGAAGCUCGUAAGGAUAAUUUGAGGAUAAGAUACCAUCACGACCAUUUGUGGUAUCUUUUGAAGGCUAUUAAGGAUGGGGUAAAAGUGAAGGGAUACUACGCAUGGUCAUUUUGGGAUGACUUCGAAUGGGAUGCUGGUUACACAGUUGGGUUUGGCCUAACAUUAGUUGAUGUCAAGGAUAAUCUGAAAAGAUACCUCAAGUAUUCUGCCUAUUGGUACAAGAUGUUCCUCCUGCACUGAUAUGCUGGCUUAUGGAUUGAUCCAUCACCUAGCCUGCGGAUCAUACCUCUCUAUCUACUCCAAAUAAAUUGAGCAAUAAUUUCCCAAUAAUUUCCUUAUGUAUGUCAUCUACCUAGCUAUAUGUAUGUAUCUUCAGCUAGCUCUCAUCAAUAAGAACUAUUGGUCCGCUUU